GACUUUGUUAUGCUGAAUUUGGUGCCCGUGUCCCAAAAGCUGGCUCAGCUUAUGUGUACAGUUAUGUUUGUGUUGGAGAGUUUGUAGCAUUCAUCAUAGGGUGGAAUCUUGUAUUGGAAUAUAUUAUAGGGACAGCAAGUGUUGCAAGAGGUUACAGUGGUUAUGUAGAUGGACUGGCUAACAAUUCAAUUUCUGGAGCACUAGAGGAAGCAAUGCCCAUCAAUGUCAGCUUCUUAUCAAAAUAUCCAGACUUCCUUUCAUUCGGUUUAAUAUGUGUACUUUCAGUCUUGCUGUCACUGGGAGUCAAGGAAUCUUCUAUUCUUAAUAGUUUAUGCACAGUUGUGACUCUCAUAAUUGUAACAUAUACCAUCAUUGCUCUUGCAACACAAGCUAAUGGUGAAAACUGGGCAUUAACACCUGAAGCUCUGAAUGAAACAUGUACGGAAGACAACAAUCGAGGACGUGGUUGGGGCAAAGGAGGUUUUGCUCCAUUUGGGUUUGCUGGCAUCAUGCAAGGUGCUGCCACUUGCUUCUUUGGAUUUGUGGGCUUUGAUUGCAUAGCUACGACAGGGGAAGAGGCAAUCAAACCAGAGCGCAGUAUUCCUGUGUCUAUAGGCCUGUCAUUAUUCUUUGUGUUUUUAGCUUACUUUGGUAUGUCCUCUACAAUCACCCUAGCACUACCCUAUUGCAAACAGGAUGCAAAUGCACCACUGGUUGCCAUUUUUAAUGAUUUAGGUUGGGAAACGUCUAAAUGGAUCAUUAGUAUUGGUGCUCUCUUUGGAUUUUCUGCAAGUUUGUUUGGCAUUUUGUUGCCUCUUCCUCGAGUUAUAUAUGCCAUGGCAGAUGAUGGGAUACUUUUUCGCUCAUUAGCAAAGAUCAGUAAACGUUUCAAAACUCCAGCAGUUGCCACCAUUGCCUCGGGGCUGUUUGCUGCUUUAAUGGCCAUGUUUUUUAACCUGGAUACCUUAGUUGAUAUGAUGAGCAUUGGGACCCUGUUGGCAUACACCAUUGUGGCUCUGUCAGUUUUGCUUCUGAGGUAUUCAAAUGUUGAAAUGCGUGAUUGGAAAUCCCAAUACACUCUGCUUGAAUCAACAUAUGCAGAUGAUGAGGACUCGGAACCAAGAGGCUUGCUUGAUUCAGGAGAAGCAUUUAUUACUAUCUGUAAGCAUAGUUCUGUUUACACUGCCAAAGACUAUUGUCAUCAGCUCUUCAAUAUAAAAUGUGUUAGUGAACCUACUGAUUUGAGUGCUUCACUAGUUAGCUAUGCUACACUAGUAUUUUGUGCUCUUUCUGGUAUUCUUAGCAUGUUGCUGGUGAUACUUCAGAAAAAUUUGUCUGAGGGUGAAUCUGGUGCAAUUGCCAGUGUUACAGUUAUGGGUAUUUUGACCUUUGUUAACGUAGUGGUCAUUGCUCGCCAACCACAGUCCAAGAAGCAACUUGCAUUUAAGGUACCGUUAGUGCCUUGGAUCCCAGCUGUCAGUUCUAUCAUUAACUUAUACUUAAUGUUUAAUUUGUCAUCCGGUACUUGGAUUCGAUUUGCUAUAUGGAUGGCCGUAGGGAUUAUCCAGUACUUUGGCUACAGUAUCCGCAACAGCUCAGAGGAAUACCAGAUGCAAGGAGAGCGACCCCCUAGUUUAAACUUCCAUAGAGUGGAUCUGAAAAAUAUUGGAACUAUAUUUGAUUCAGAGUCAGAAGAUGAAUUAUUUGCACAGAAUACUCCAGACAAAAAUUAUACUGCAAGUCCUUUUAAUCUCUGAGGAUUUCUGCACCUCAUUAAUAGUUAACAGUAGCUUUAUUUUUAUACAUAUUUGCAUAUCUUGAUAAUUAUUUUGUUGUAAAGAAGCUUAUUGGUAUUUAUCAGAAGAAGGCAUAUCUAUUGUUAUCUUUUUUAUAUUACUGGAAGUUUUAUAUUUAGAAAAUGAUCUCAGAGUAGAUUUUGCCUUAAAGUUUUUAACCAUUUUGUGGAUAUGAAUGGGAAUUUUAGUUUCUAGAAUGUGUAUGUAGUAUAUCUUUCUUUGACAUAUCAAUCAGUUUUCUUGAGAAAUUAUUUGAAUGACUGAUUUACUUAAAUAUAUAUACCUAACAAGGUCUUGGUUCAGGUUCCCCUGGAUUUGGUUCCCAUGUAGUACUACAUAUGUAGACCCAGCGUAGGAGUAGGUGGUAAAGGUUCAGACUUUGUGACUUGGAAGUACAUUGUUUGGGAAUGGCUUAGAGCUUGAUUCCAGUACUGGAUACCACCAUAAAUAUUAAUUGCUUUGUUCAAGAAAUCCAUUAGUCCUGGUUCUGAAGGGUAAAGGUACUCUAGUAGGUAUCAUGAAUAUUUGCUCCCCAGAAAGUGCAUAAUUCCUAAAUAGUAUGUUAUUUGAGAGACUGUUUCCAUUUAAGCUGAUUGAUAGCUAGAGCAAAAACUUAUUUGUUUUCUUAGCAUAAAAACUCUCUUUUGUACUUUUGAUAAAUCAGCAAUUGUAAGGAAAGUAGUAAUAUGACCAUAGGUAGCAAUGAUGAGUGAUGAUUAAACCAUUUCAAUGUAGCUCAAAUCUUUUUGUGUUGAGCAUCAACAUAGCAAUUGAUAAGAAUAAGACAUAAAUCAACAAAUAACCCCCACAAUAAUAUGAGUGUGACACAAGGAUUAAUAAUUCAAAGCCCACCCAAACAAGUGAUCAAGUACCUACGUACUCUCCUGUGAUGAUUUUGACAACAUUAUACGUUUAAGAAACCACAUGGCUCCAUAAAACCUCAACUUAUCAGAUGUUUUAGGGGUCUGUACUCUGGUAAUAAGUGGCAAAAUCCAAUAAGUAACAAAAACCCUUGAGUAUACGUUACAGUGAAAUAUUCAGGAUCUCCCACAGCCAAAAUGCAUAGCCAAUACAGCAUGUUCAUAUAAUUUCUAGAGUAACCUAACAUGUACGUACUUUAGACUUAUUGAAUUUCAGAGUACGUAUUGUCUGCAAAAUACAUAAGUUUUGAAAAGAUAUCCUGUCAAAAAGUCAUCAAUAUAAUGCAGUUGUGGAGUCCCACAUAUAUGUUUAAAAAAACCUAUAUAACAUGCAUAAAUUAUACAUAAAAAUAUCUUAUACUUUUAAUUGUUGUCUAUAGUUUUUGUUAACAUCUCAGUACAAAACAUUCUAUAAAAAAGACAUUUUUAGAGAGAGAGAGAGAGAGAGAGAGCUUUCAUAAUAAUAGAUACAUAACAGCGCUGUAUUAAAAUAAUAAAUACAUAACAGUGCUGUAUUAAAUACAAAGUGUACAUUAGUUCUGUUAUUAUUACAUUGUAGAAAAUUAUGUUAGUCCCUUGUGGCUGUGAUAACUAAAAACAAAAAUGCCCAUGUCACAAUCACCAAAUUCCAGUGACAAAGGAGUAUCCAUAUAAUUCAACAUACUGUAUACAAUACUUAAACCUUUAAAACAUGAGACUAACAUUCAAAUUGUUCAUAGAAAAUCACCAAACCAGCUUGUAAAAUGACAGUUCAUUAAAAACAGAAUACAUAUGAGGAAAAUGAGUAAAAUUAGAUAAUAUUUGCCGUAUUAAAUGUGAGCUGAUGAUUUGAAUUUUAAAAUUUUUAUACAGCCAAGAAUGAAUAGAUUGCAAUCCAGGAAACACAAAGAAAGUGUAUGGAAAGAACCAGUCACCCCUCUUUCAACCAACUUGUGUACCAAUCAUAAAUCUUAGGUGAGAUUUUUGUCUGCCCAAUGAAGCUCGAGCAGCUACUUGCUUAAGAUAUUCAAGGACUUAAGGCCAACAUCCUUGAAUUAGGAGAUACAGGUGGUCUGAUAGUGCCAGAUACCUGGCCCCAGCAUCUGCACAACUGGAAAUUUCUUGAAUGUCAGGAGUGCAAUGCCCCUGACUUUAUGAAAUUUAAUGAGCAUAGGGGAUCACUAACUUUUCCAACAGGUUGUAUGCCCUCUUGAUGACUAUAAGGUUUCUAAUUCUUGGAAAUAGGUUGGCAGAGCCAUCAAGGGAAAAACAGACUUAUCAGUGCAUGCAGCAUCCAACAAGGAGGGGAUAGAGAUGGGUUCGGAUAACUGUCUGGAUAACCAAGAAGCUUAUUCUUCUCAGUGAAGGCAGGGAAAUAUGAAACAUUCACUGGUUGUCAAUUCUAGAUGAUUGAUUUGCAUGUGCUUAUACCCCUUACAGGUAAUUAAUAUAUUACAUAUGUAGACUUUUCAAUUGUACUGUAUAUUAUAAGAGAGGGGACCUGAGACUGCAAAGGAAAGCAAGAACCCAUUUUGUAUUCCUCUCUCUCAGGUUAUUGAAAAGACAUCUGGUCUGAUGAAGCUGUAAGAUCCCAGCUCAAUCAGAUCAAUAACUUUAGACAUAAUCAUCUAGAGCCCUUGAUGUCAGGGUUUCUCCUCCUCAGAUGUCAGUGAGCAAACCCUCUUGUGUAGAAGAGAAAGGACACACUUCCUUUCUAGAAAUCCAGUAGCGUGAGUGUUGGAGGCUUUCAAGGGAUGGAAAGUGUCUGACCGACUAGUCUCUCAGAAGGUAGACUAGAUAGACUCUCAGCAUGAAGACUGAAGGUCUCGUGAUCUUCCAUACUUAUGUAGCCAAAAGUGAGAGACUUAGGGUUAUUAACAAUGCUGAGGGGGAUGAUUCUCUCUCUCUCUCUAGUUUACUGAAAUCUCCCUAUUGAAAUUGGGUCAACAUUUCAAACUGAACCAAAAGGGAUUGAUUGAUUGAUUUAUUAAUUCUUACUGGCGUCGCAGAACCAAAAGGGAAUCUGAUGCCGUGGCAUGUUAUAUAUAAGUAUUACUUUUUAUUGUUUUUAUGUUGAAUCUUUGAUAGUAUAUACUGCUUUAAGAAUGGUGAUAUAUUGUGUUACUAUAAUUUGUUAUGGGUAAUGAUAACUUCAACUUAUCUUCUGCUAUUAGAUGAAGUAAAGACAGGCCUGAAGUAGAAUUUAUUUCUGUGCUGGCAUUGUGAUAAAUUAGCAACAAGUAGUGUAGAGUAUUGUCGAGUUUAGGCUUUAGAUAGAAACAUUUACUUGCGUUCUACUAAUGAGUAGGUACUAGUAACAGUUGGUCUAUGGAUUUGCAGUGGCGAAGUGUACUUAAACAUUUACCAUAUCAUAUUGUAACUGCUUCUGUAAAUCCUUUGUUUAAAUUUAUUUUUCAUACAGUCAGAUGACAAAGUGAUUAGUAAAAUUAAUAUGCUGUAAACCUACAGCUGCACACUGUGUAGUAGUAGGUACUAGCAUUCAGUGAGAAAAGGCUUGGGAAGUAGGAUGGGGAUGCA